GGGGGUGGGGAGGCCAUCGGCAGAAGCCAAAGGAUGGGCGCUUGAGCUGCUGGCAUCGGUGGCCCACCGGUUCUCUUCCUCUGCGGGGACUGCCCUUUGCUCUGCCAGCAGAUGCCAUCUCUGCACAUCCCCUAAAGGAGAGCCUGGCACCUCAGCACGCGGGUCAGUGCCUUCUGGCUGGAGGGAAGUUGGUGAGAUGCGGGUUGUCCUCCUUUAGCAACCGCGAUUGCUGUUGUUUAAGCGAAGCGGUUGUUAAGGGGUAACCGCAAUGGUGCUUAUGAUCAGCUUUUCUUUGUUUUACAGACUUACGAUGGGCGUAGAUACAAAGAUUUGUUGCGAAGUUACUUUUUCCUUCCUGUCAUAACUGCAAAUGUUCAUUGUGCGAGGCAGUCGUUAAAUGAGGGCUGCUUCUAUAAGCCUGGGGGAAGUCUGGCUUGGACUGCAUGGUGGAGGAAACCUCCCUGUGAUGGGCCUGAGCACCCCUCUCGACUCCUUCAGGACCUAGAAUGGGUGCCCCCACUCAGCAAGGGUUGGCGUUGCUUCAUCCCACAAGAUGUUUAGCCAUAUUGCGGCUCUUUUGGGUCUGUGUGUGAAUCCAGCCAGUUGUGGCUUAAUAAACCGUACUGAAACAGACCGUGGUCUAGCAUGAUGAGUGGAAGGCCUCCUUUGGCCUUGCUACCCUGCAAAGCCCCUGGCAGCCAGCCUGCCAGAUGUUCUUGGCACCUUGUCUGGUGCCCAGGGUUCUGCUGCCCAGCCUACCAAGGUGCCCCACAAAUGAGCUGGUCUCAGAAGGGAAGAAGAGGGGUUCCUGCCCUGCGUUCUAGAAGGGGCAACUCUGAUCCUGACUCUUGGGGGGGAAGGGGACAUACAGCCUAGUGAAAAGAAGGGAGCAAUUCUGGAGGGACACACACCACAUAGGACCCUUUGGGCCUUUUGUUCGGGAGUGUUUUGGCCCCCUCCCAAGGGCCGGGGCAGCUUGGCCAGGCAGGCCCUGCUUCAGGGUUGACACUUUCCCCGGGCCCAUGGGAAGGCGACCAACCUUAAAAUGGUGGGCAAGGAUACGGGAAACCUGUUGGACCCCAAGGAAGCUCAGCUAAACGAGGGGGGGGAGGAGGUAGGAAAGGACUUUUUGAUGCUGUGCAGGAUUAAUCUUCUGCUGUGCAGGAAAGGUACUCGGGCGGUGUCCAGAAGGAAGGGGCUGCUGACCGACCCCCCAUGAGUGGAGGAAGCCAAUUGCCCCUUAUCUGCAUCUGCAGCCCCCCCCUCCCAGCGACCAAGGGGGACUCCAAAGGCUGCAUGAGCUGAUGCAGUCAGAUUUGUGGCACAGUCGUCCCCCUCCCUCCAUCAACCGGGUUGGCGCUGGGAGAUCUUUUUGCCCGUCAGCAGUUCUUUGCCAGGUCGUCUGGAGGUUCUGUGUGCCCCCGGCAUGCCAGAACUGAAUGCCAGUCUCUGUCGUGUGUGUAGGCAGCAGGAGGCAGAGAGUUGGGAAGGGCGGGCUGAUAGACCAAUGAUCUUUGUCAGUUUAUUUGGAUGAGGAGGUGGGGCACAGGCAAUAGCUGCCUAGCAGGACAAGCAGUGCUGCUAGUCCCUGGUGGGGCUCAGGGCCUGGCUGGUCUGGUGGGCACCUCCCUGGCCUAGUGAGCUUGGGGGAAGAAGCAGCCCCUUUGCCUGACGGGCUCUGCCACAUUCUCCUAGGAGCUCCGGUUGCCCCCCACGCUUCAGGAUGCAACCCAGGCACCUCCUGCCAGCCGCUGCAGCCCUCGUCCUGCCAGUCUGCCUGUUAUGGGAGCUGCCUGCUGCGAAGGGCUACAUCCACGCGGUGUCGGACCACAAUACCAGCAUGGAGUUCCCUGACCUGCCAGCCAUUUUCGGGUACCCGCUGCCCCGGGAAGGACUCAUGGGUCUUCUAAUGGAAGCCAGGCCAGCCAGCGCCUGCCUGCCCCUCCAGGCGCCUCCGUCCAACAGCAGCGUCUUCAUCGCCCUCGUCCGGCGGUUCAACUGCAGCUUUGACGUUAAGGUCUACCACGCUCAGCAGGCUGGCUUCCUGGGCGUCAUUGUCUACAACGUUGGCUCGGAUGAACUGCUGAACAUGGUUUGGGAGGACGACCAGCUGCGCAGGCUCAUCACCGUACCUUCCGUCUUCACGGGCGAAACGGCAGCCACCUACCUGCGGAGCCUCUUCACCUAUGAGAGAGGGGGCCAUGUCGUCCUGAUCCCCGAGUACAUUUUCCCGCUGGGCUACUACCUCAUCCCUUUCACAGGCGUGGUGGGCGUGGUGAUUGCCGUGAUGUGCACUAUCUUGAUUGUUCGGUGUAUCCAACAUCGGAAGAGGAUGCGGAAGGACCGGCUGUCCAAGGAGCAGCUGAAGAAGAUCCCCCUGCACAAGUACAAGAAAGGGGACGAGUAUGAUGUCUGCGCCAUCUGCCUAGAAGAGUACGAAGAUGGGGACCGGCUGCGAAUCCUGCCGUGCUCCCACGCCUACCACUGCAAGUGUGUGGAUCCGUGGCUGACCCAAACCAAGAAGACCUGCCCGGUUUGCAAGCAGCGGGUCAUCCGGUCCCCGGAGGACUCAGACUCUGAAGGGGAAGAGGGCAGCGAUCCGGCCUUGCCUGCCCAGAGUGAGGCGGGGCCAUUGGACUUGGGGCACGAGGAGGAAGAGGACGAUGAUUCGGAGCGCACCCCCUUGUUACGCCCCUCACCCAGUACAGCCAUGCCCCCCCCCUGCUUUGGCAGCAUGGCCCAGUCAGGCACCUCCAGCCCCCAGGGGCUCCUGGCUGUGGGCGGAGAGGAGGUGCCGCCCAGCCCUCCCCCACAGAGCCAGCUGCUGGUCUAGGCCACUGCCUCAGCCGGAGCAGUUUGUCGCCCGGCCUCCUGGGGCAGGCAAGCCCACUCCUCAGUGCAGGUGGGAAAGGCUGCCGAAGAGGCCUUUGGCACACACUCCGGCUGGCUUCCAGGAUUUGUAACUUUGCAGUGCAAGGUCCUACUUCUUGCGCGCGCGCGCGCACACACACACACACCCUUUGUGUGGUGUUGAAGAUGGUGGUCUUGACACAGAAGCAGCAGUGGGCGGGCGGGCCCUCCCUCCUCUCUUCCAGCCACUGCUGAGCCUGGCAGGACGCUUGACAAGCACUCUGGGUGCCAGAUGCCCCUUUGGGCUGCUCCCCAGCCCUCCUCCCUCCAGCAAUUCUUGGAGGGGAGGGAGACACAAUCCAGGCCGCCUCCUGCAUUUCUGGGUGCACUGCCAAGCAGGAGGGCCUGGAGCAGCUUCCUAAGAGCCUGGGGGAGAGGGCCCUGAUCCUACCCUUCUUGCUGCGCAGGCCUAGCUUCCUCUAUGCUUCCUUGGCUGGACCACUUAUGUACCAACCGAACCCCUUCUCCCCCAGGGAGCAGCCCUUCAGAAAAAGGGCCCCGGACCAAAUCUCCCCGCCAUGCUGCUGCCACUCAGGUUGCUGCUACCUGUGUGGUGGUGUUACUUUUAGCAACUUCCAGCUGAUUGGGCAGGUCCUGCCAAUGGGCAGUGGUGGGAGGGGGGCCCACAGCCAGGGCAAAGGGAAGAUAGAAGGAGCAGGCAGCCCUCUAGUCAGUCAAUAAAAAUACAAUUUACGUUC